CACCUUUCCGUGAAGUGGGUGCUCCGUCUGCUUGGAUUGCUUCAACGAUCCUGUACGCAUCCCUUUUCGUCUGUGAUGGUCUAUCUGUACCCGAAUCCGCUGAAAAGGUUUGAGAACCGGAGCAGAAGCUCCUCGCGGAGGAACGGGAAUCAGUCAAAGUACUGUGAACCAAGGGUCGGAAGGAGUUGGAAAGAGAGUUUGACGAUUGCUUAUCUCCAUCAAUCACCGUUGAGUUGAACCCACGACAUUCCAAGAAUGGAACUCUUGAGCGCCUUUCGGUUGGCAAGACGGAACGUAGGGCUCUUAGGAAGGUUGGGUGAAAUACAAGAAGGGAAUUCUGGGAACGCUGGGCGACGUCAAUAUCAGGGAGGUGGAAGGUGAGAUGGUAAUGUUGUGGGGAUGAGUUCGAGUCACAUCGAAGAGGAACUCUUCGGCUGACCCUCUUACUAGCGCCCACUGGCCAAUCUACAAUUCCAGCCUGGUACACGCUUCUUUAUGUUCUACAUAUGGCUUUAAACAUC